UCGCCGGGGCCGCAGACUUGUGCGUUCACCGCGGUUGUCGUAGUUCCGGCUGAGCGUUCGCUGAGUUCUGGCGGCUGGAGGCUGCUCUGCCGGCAGGCAACGGUAAGCGGUGGGUGUCCCGCUCCGCCAGCCCAGCUCCUGCGGGAUCCCCGGCUGGCCCGGGCCCGGGUGCCGCACUCACGGCGGCUCCGCCGCAGGCGCGGAGCGAGCAGCAGCCCGCAUCCUCCGAGGUCGGCGUCAUGAGGAGCCUGCCAUUCUUCUGCCGCGGUCAGGUGGUGCGCGGCUUCGGCCGCGGCUCCAAGCAGCUGGGCAUCCCCACAGCCAAUUUUCCUGAACAAGUAGUAGACAAUCUUCCAGCUGAUGUGUCCACUGGCAUUUAUUAUGGUUGGGCCAGUGUCGGGAGUGGAGAUGUCCAUAAAAUGGUGGUGAGCAUAGGAUGGAACCCAUACUACAAGAAUGUGAAAAAGUCCAUGGAAACCCACAUCAUACAUACCUUCAAAGAGGACUUCUAUGGAGAAAUUCUCAACGUGGCCAUUGUUGGCUACCUCAGACCAGAAAAGAACUUUGAUUCUUUAGAGUCACUCAUUUCAGCGAUUCAAGGUGAUAUUGAAGAAGCUAAAAAGCAACUGGAUUUACCAGAACAUUUGAAACUCAAAGAUGACAAUUUCUUCAAAGUUUCUAAAGGCAAAAUUAUGAAUGGCCACUGAUGAAAAGAACCUUAUCUGUCCACUCGCUGUGGUGUCGCUAGCUUGUGAUACAGUCUCACCUUCAUCAUAUUUUAAUUCGAACCUUUGUCUUAGCUAUCAAGUGUUCUUCAGCUAUUAGCUCCAUCAUGUUAUGUAGUACUAAAAGAUUCAUUCAAAAAUCAAGACUUUUUAAAUGUAAAAUGUUGAUUACAAUGUAGCACUAGAAAGCUAGUGUCUUGUAGUAGAAAUAAAGUCUGAGUGUCACUGGGGGAGUGAA